AUAAAAGAUGAGUUUAGUUUUGUGUGUGCGCAGGGUGUCGAGGUCCCACAAGCUGUGGCCUGUGAGGGGGCUGAUAUAAGGCCUAACCUGGAUGAUGAUGGUAAAGAGGGUGACGGACAGACAGCCUGCCUACCCACCGACGGCAACAACUCCAGCACAGAGUCAAAGUGGGCGGUGGGAGAUCGAUGUCGGGCCGUGUGGUCAGAGGACGGCCAGGUUUACCCGGCCACAUUGGUGGCGCUGGACGGCCAGCGCUGCAGAGUCCGUUUCAGUAGCUACGGCAACGAGGAGGACAUGGAUCUGAGCACGCUCCAGAGUCCAGAAGCCGCUCCGCAGAAUCGAACCUCCCAGCUUCAGGAAUGGAAACCCGGCUCUCGGUGCCGGGCGGUGUAUUCGGUGGACGGCCUGGUUUAUCCCGCCAUAGUUCUGUGGGUCAAAGGUCAGCGCUGCCGCGUCCGCUAUGACGAUUACAACAAUGAGGAGGAACACGAUAUCAGCGACCUCCUGAACCCCAACGAGCUCCACGGGCCCAUCAGAACCAUGUCCAAGCCCAGCAGCUGGAGGCCCAGUCCAGCUGGCACUAACGAAUGGAAGUGGAAGAGGAGGGAGGAGAGCAUGGGGGAGAGGGGAAAAGAGAGGAGGUCAGGAUGGAAAGACGACCAGCAGAACCCGCCCACGGUCAGAGAAAAACCCGAGAGUCAGAGCAAAGAGAAGGAGGCAGAAAAGAGUAGAGGAAACCAGCAGAGAGAUGGAGCAGAGAAACCCACCGAUUACAGCUUCCCUCUCUUCCCUCCUUUCUCGACUCAGAUGAGCACGUCGGAGCCUGUGUCCUUCCUCCCUCCUCCUCCUCCUCCUGUCUGGGCCUCCUGUGGUAAAGAGGCCACCGGCCCCCCUGACGUGGGCAACAUGACCUCCAUGUUGAUGCAGUGGUACAUGUGCGGCUUCCACACCGGCAGCUACAUGGUCAGUAGCUCCUCCGUCUUUGCUCGUCGGCCUUGUGUACGUUUGGUCACAUGGGCGUUUGUCGCCAUGUUUUUCAGACUCAGCAGCUUUUCAAGUCGACCCGGAAAGAUGAAGUCAAAAACCCACGCUGAACACGCAUGCAUGUAUAGGUAA